UUGUCCAUUUUAUUAUUUUUCGGACACAAGAGAGAGAAAGUAGUCGCGUUUCAGCUCACUUGUCCGAAACUCAGUCCUCUCUAACCCUAGAAUUCUUCAGCAACUGAACUCCGAACAGAUAAUCCGCCGGAGAGGAAACAAACACCGUUUUAAAUAUCCGAAAAUUUUGGGUUAUAUAAUUAAAAGCAAAGAUAAUAUACACAUAAAUGGCAUCUCUGGAAGAUACUGCAGCAGCUGCAACAAAAACCCUAUCCGAAGAUCCUGCAACCGAAAUGGGCGGGUCGGGUUCUAAACCGAAAGAAAACGGGUCUGGAUCUUCCGAUAUCGGAAAAGACAACGGCGGUGAACUAGUUUUCGAAACCAAAGUUGUAGAAAAAGACGAGAAUGACCUCCAAAUGUUGAGUGAUGGUCCUAAUGUUGAGGUGGCAUCUAACGGAGUCAAUGGAGGUAGCAAAAAUUCGAAUAAUCAAGAUUAUGUAUUUCGUGUGGGUGAUUUAGUUUGGGGUAAGAUUAGAAGCCACCCGUGGUGGCCCGCUCAAAUAUACGAUCCGAAAGAUGCUUCGGAGUUCGCGUUGGAAAUUAAGCAAGAGGGGCGUUUUUUGGUGGCGUUUUUCGGCGAUGGUUCUUGUUCGUGGUGCUCGCCCUCGCAAUUGAUACCCUUUGUGGAGAAUUUUACCGAGAUGGCGAUUAAUUAUAGCAGCACGUCUUCUAGAAGCUUCCGGACCGCCGUAGAAAGUGCCGUCGAAGAAGUUUCCAGGCUCGUGGAAUUGGAGAUGACUUGUAAUUGUGCGACGGAGGAGAAAAAAACCCGUCUUGCUUGUUGCCCGGUGGUGGAAAAUUCCGGAUUGAAAGAAGGGGUUUUAAUGCCGAAAGUGGAUUUCAAUAGACUUUCGAUCCCUGAAUUUGAAUCCAAAAAAUUGCUCGAAAAAGUGAAGCAUUUGGCGAAAUCAUCUCGUGUCGAAAAUGCCCUUGAAAAUAGAGUCUUGAAAAGUUGGUUGUCUUCGUAUUAUUGUUAUAAAGGCGGUUACGAUUAUCAUUUGGCCGAAUAUCAAGAACCUCUUUAUAUCGAAGGUCUCGAAGACAAGAAUAAGAAUGGCGAUGACGUGGCAGAUGAUUUUAGUGUUCCGAUCGAGGUUCCUCUCAUGGGCCCACGUGAAGAUGACGGGAUUAUUUUUUCUUCAUCGCCGAAUAAGACUGCUCAUAAAAGAAAGCAGAAAAGUGUAGCUGAGCUUAUGGGAGAGAACAAGAAUAUUACCGUUCCCGAAGAAACGAAGAAGACAUCCUCUCACAAAAGAAAGAAGAAAACCGAUGCGGAAAAUGGCGGUGCUUUGUUAGUAGGAAUAAAGCCGAAGGAAAUCGAAGGUGGUGAAGGCAAGGAGGUGGAAUCUGAGGGGGUGACCACCCCUAGGGAAAGGAAGAAGAGUAAAUACUUAUCUCCCCCAUACACGAAUCCCACAUGGAGAGUCGGAAAUUCGAGCUUUAAGACAACAGAGCCGGCAGCUGAGAGCAACGACAAAAUUACGAAAAUACCCCCGAGUGUCGAAAACGUUGCUAUAGUGGAGAAGGCAUCGGAGAAGAAUCUAACCAAUGGGAAGCUCGAAGAGCCCGAAAUUUCUGUCGAGACGACCCCAAAGACAAUAAUCAAGAACGACGAGAAAAAAUUGACUUUUAAUGUAUCGGAUGUCGGUGCUUCGGUUAGCGAGUUAUUAUCUGAGAUACAAUUGGCUGCGGUUGACCAUCUUCACUUGAGCAAAGAGGGCUCGCUCGAUAUGGUGUGGGCUUUUGUUUCUGCACUUAGAAGCUCGACUUAUUUACAAGGGUCCGACUAUAAAAUGUACCGAAAGUGCAAAACUCGUGGGAAGAGGAAGUCGAGACUGUCUCAGCUAGGCGAUGUAAAAGAUGACGUCAUCGAGAAGAAGGCGAAAUCAUCGGACGAGACGAAAGUGGAUGAUUUGGGUGAUGACGGACAAGAACAAGAAGAAGACGACUGUCUGAUUUCGGAUGUCGGUUUGGUGAGGCAGAAGCUGGAAAUAAUGACGGCUAUUAUGGAGAAUUAUUAUUCGAAGUUUUCGGCAGAGGACAAAGGUAGCUUGAAGAGUGAAGUGAAAGAACUGAUGGAGAAAGUCGAGACAGUUAGCGAGAAGGUAAGAGUUAUGGCUGAGAAUACCUCGUCUUGAAUAACGUUUCGUGUACCGGUAUGAGGCGUGUGUGUGUUUGUCUGUUGAGUGGUCUUUGAAUUUGUUGGAUUUGUUUUUUUCUAGUUUAUGUUUAAGAGGAUAAGUAAUAUUUCCUUUUUUUUUUUUAAUAGCAGUCUUUAUGUAUACUGUAGUAAUAAGAUGAGUCUUUAUGGCACAUUGUUGUUUUUCUUCAAAUGGUUAUUACUUCUUGCACU